GAGGAGGCCGAGGGCCCGGCGGCGGCCGCCCAGAGCCCCCGCGGACCGCUGGUGCCCGGCCACUCGGGCGUGGUGCUGUACCUGUGCCCCGAGGCGCAGUGCGGGCAGACGUUCGCCAAGAAGCACCAGCUGAAGGUGCACCUGCUGACGCACAGCAGCAGCCAGGGCCAGCGGCCCUUCAAGUGCCCCCUGGGCGGCUGCGGCUGGACCUUCACCACGUCCUACAAGCUCAAGAGGCACCUGCAGUCGCACGACAAGCUGCGGCCCUUCGGCUGCCCCGCCGAGGGCUGUGGCAAGAGCUUCACCACCGUGUACAACCUCAAGGCACACAUGAAGGGCCACGAGCAGGAGAACUCGUUCAAGUGCGAGGUGUGCGAGGAGAGCUUCCCCACGCAGGCCAAGCUCAGCACCCACCAGCGCAGUCACUUCGAGCCCGAGAGGCCCUACCAGUGUGCCUUCUCAGGCUGCAAGAAGACCUUCAUCACCGUCAGCGCCCUGUUCUCCCACAACCGCGCCCAUUUCAGGGAACAGGAACUCUUCGCCUGCUCCUUCCCGGGCUGCAGCAAGCAGUAUGACAAGGCUUGCCGCCUCAAGAUCCACCUGCGUAGCCACACGGGUGAGAGGCCCUUCCUCUGCGACUUCGACGGCUGCGGCUGGAACUUCACCAGCAUGUCCAAGCUCCUGCGGCACAAGAGGAAGCACGAGGACGACCGCAGGUUCACCUGCCCCGUGGAGGGCUGCGGCAAGUCCUUUACCAGGGCCGAGCACCUCAAAGGCCACAGCAUCACCCACCUGGGCACGAAGCCCUUCGUGUGCCCCGUGGAAGGCUGCUGUGCUAGGUUCUCUGCCCGGAGCAGCCUCUACAUCCACUCCAAGAAGCACCUGCAGGACGUGGACACUUGGAAGAGCCGCUGCCCGGUGUCCACCUGUAACAAACUCUUCACCUCCAAGCACAGCAUGAAGACCCACAUGGCCAAGAGGCACAACCUGGGCCAGGAUCUCUUGGCGCAGCUGGAGGCGGCCAAUUCCCUCACGCCCAGCAGCGAACUGACCAGCCAGGGCCACAGUGAUCUCAGUGGCCCCGAGAUAGUGUCUCUCUUCUCCGACGUGCCUGGCGCUGGCUCUGCCGCCGUGCUGGACACGGCCUUGGUCAAUUCGGGAAUCCUGACGAUCGAUGUGGCUUCCGUGAGCUCCACUCUGGCGGGGAGCCUCCCCGCCAGCAGUCCAGAUGCCCUGGGGCCUGCUGUGGAUGCCCGCGCCCUGAGGCCCGCCAGCGACCUGCCCCAGAGUCUGGACACCUCGCUCUUCUUCGGAACCACGGCCUCUGGCUUUCAGCAGAGCCCCCUGGAUCUGGAUGAUGUCUCCAGUGGCAGCGUGGGGCCCUUGGGCUCCCUCGACUGUCUGGCCAUGAAAAACGCAAGCGCAGAGCCCCAGGCUCUGACGCCCAGCAGCAAGUUGACCGUGGACACGGAAGCUCUCACUCCUUCCAGCACCCUCUGUGAAAACAGCGUCUCAGAACUCCUGACUCCAGCCAAAGCCGACUGGCAUGUCCAUCCUGACUCGGACUUCUUUGCGCAGGAGGAAGACAGCCAGUUUGGCUUCUCCAACCCAACAGGAAACCAUGGCUGUCACAAAGAAACAGAUCUUAUCACAGCGACGGGCAGCUCCUUUUUGGUAUGAACCGACUCUGUUCCUUCCCUGCCACGCCACGGGGCUUGCUUUUAUUUUGCUCGAAUUUGAGGGGCCUCUGGACUGAAUGCUUCCGGCCGUGGGAUCAUUUCUCACUGCUUUGAGAGACAGCCCUUCCCUCCCUGGACUGCAAGUGUGGAGAUUUUCAUUCUGAUCUUGAGUGGAACUGACAAGUUCUGUGACCCUGAGUUUCUCUGUGACUGUGAAGCUGGCCUAUGUUUUCCUGAGAAUCUGGUAAUGGGGCAGAGAAUGAUACUCCUUUCUGUGGUCUGGCAUGCUCAUUCUUUAUAGUUUUCCAGAGUUGAAAGAAAUGAAAGUUUGUAGCUGAAUAUUGUGUUAACUCUCUAUCAUGAGUAUAGCAUUUGUCAUUUGUGAAGUAUUUUCAUAACUUGUGUUUUAUUUGCUAUUCAGACCAACCCUGUGAAGUACUCUUGGCAAAGUCUGUGUUUCUUAUUAUAAUCUAGCCAACUCAAACUCCACAUGGGUUGUGAUUGACUGACAAUUUUAUGUAUAGCUUCAAAUGAGGAAGACAAACUCCUUUUACCUCUCCUGUCCAUGAUUUUCAUGAUUUAUUACUGUAUUAUAACUAGUUGCUGCUUUCACAUUAGUCUGUUACCUUCUGUUUACUUUGUCUCUAGUCCACUCCCUUCUAUGUGCAUUUUAGUCCUUGUCAUGCCUUGGCUUUUUAAAAGUGUUUAAUGGAUAGCUCUCUUUUCUGUCACUAUUCCUCAGACAUUCUCCUCAUGGAACAAUUUCUUCUGACACUAACAUUUGCUGAGUGUACACUGCAGUUCUGUGUGUAUAGUUAAGAAGUUAUUUUUUGAGCUUAGAUAUGACUAUGUGUAUAUAUGAUUCAAAUCAUAAAGGAGAUUAUUUUCUAUGCUGUUCAUAUGAAAAGUGGUUUUUGGUUAAUUCCAUUUUAAAAAAGAUUUUGCCAGGGAGUCCUUCUAAUACUUUUUAUUUGCUCUAAAGUACUAGCUCAAUAGUAUUUGCAUGUAGAUAUCUGUGGAUGACUGUUGUUGUAGCACUUUUGAAGUGCACUAAAAAUUUGCCACUAUGAAAUGUUUCUGUAUUGAGUGUGGUUGUAUACACACAUACCCUGCAGACUCAUAUAUAUUUAAAAGUUGUAUUCAUCCAGUGUACAACAAAAAGUAGAAAUACAUUUAAAAUCGGAGAUGUGCUUCAAAUUUCAUUGUGUUUAUCCAUUCAACAUUCUCUGCUCUUUGCUUUGGAAAUAUUUGUACUCUUAAAAUAUAUUUCAAAAAUGUUAUUAAUUAAUGCCUCUUAAAUAGAGCACUAUUUUUGGUGUCUAGUAAAUAUGUAUGUCAAGGAUUGAAAUGAAUACACAGUCUUGAAAAUCAAAUAAAUUUCUAAAC